UAGGAUUUUGAAUGGGACUGAAUUAAAUGUCCCCACAAGGUUAGCUGCGCAAGACUGUGUUCAUGUGUCGGUGCGUGCGUUGAAGUGUUGACAGCUUGCACAUGUCCACUGCUCUUGUGUUUAGUGCUUGGAGGAUCGCCAGGAGUAGUCUCCCUUAUCAGAUUUUUUGAACUUCCUGGAUACACUAGACUACAUGCACAAUUUAUUGCACAUUAAGUAAAUAUAGCUACAACAUUUGUGGCUACCAUGCUAAUGAGGUGUAGGCUAUAGCUAAAUAUACUGCAACGGACUGCUACAACGGAUUGGGACACAACAAACUCGUCUGCUCAGUUUUGGAAUUUUUACCCCUGCCCGUCACCCAGUAGGAAGCCGAAAGCAUAGUGUCAGUUAAAUAACUGGAGAAAAAAUGUGUUCAGUUGUAAACCGACUGAAACCUGCUCUGGCCUACACGCUGUGCCUCCAAACAACCCGGCACUCGCGUAAAGUUCCAGCCCACAUCGGCCCGGGUGUACGCACCAGCAAGCAGCCUUUGGAAUCGGUCAUCAUACGACCUUACUGCUCCAGGAUGGAGUUGGGAAAAGGACCUUUCUUCAGGCAGGUGAGUUAGCCACUGCAAUAAUUGAUAUUUUUUUUUGCUUUGGGCCAAAGUGGGCUCCGGACUUUUUGGAAGCACAGUGAAAAUAGGAAUAAUCUUUUUUUCAGUGCAUGUAAACAAGUAUUUUGCAAUUGGUUAACAUGAGAAUUCAUUAAAAUGAGUAUUUGUCCACAAAAUUAGGGGGAACGUAUUUUCCAGGCGUCCUUAGUUGUUUCAUUGUUUUCAAACCAAAUUGUUUGCGCAACAAUGUAGCAAGCUAGCGGAGCUGUAGCAGAAGAGGGGGCGUGUUAAAACCGCCACUCGCACAGAGGGCAAUGUUUACACAUUUUCUGACAAAAAAUCACCUAGAUUUGUGAUAACUCAAAUCUCAACAAACUAUAAUAAACGAAACUAAACUAGAUAACUAGGUGAAACCAAGAAAAACAUCGUGUAACUUGUUACAUUUUAAUAACACAAGCACGCCAUCUUCAUGCUUGGGUGACACUUGAUAUUCUGGAUUUCCCCAGAUUGUCAAUGCGAUUAAAAUGUGGGUCAAAAGGGACAUAAAAGUAUUAUCUGAGUUUUUUCGGGGUCGAAUGACACUGUCUACCGCUGUCUUAGCUAACUUAGCUAGCUACCGGUGUCGCCCCCGCCUGCAGUGUACCAGAGUCCAAGCUAACUACGGUAGCUAGUGCACAGUGUAUUUAACUCCCGCUUGCCGAACACCUGCCCUCGCCGUCGUUAGCAGAACUGCGGGAAAACAGUGCCCGACAGGCGGGGGCGAAGUACACGGUCUACCGUUGUCCUAGCUAGCUACCGUUCCAUUGUUGCCCCCGCCUCUUCUUCUGUGGGAUUUUAUAGACGAUUGGCAUCCAGCGUUAUGAUGCAUUACUGCCACCUACUGUACUGGAGCACCUCCGCCUCUCGCCUGUGUACGGGAGUCCUAGCUUAAAAAUGGACCAAUAGAAGUAUAAAGAGAGGUAACUGCAGAUGCAGGAAUGUCUCGAAUUUCGGGCCGCAAUUGCACCCUUCUCAAAGUAUGAAAAUCCACCUUGACAGUGACACUUUAUCACUAUAAAAGACUACACACCCAUAUAUUAUCAUCCAUAACUAAUACACAGGCAGGAUGUGUGUUAUAUAAUAGCAUACUGUACUUCCCCCUCACCUUUUAUAACCUAUGGUUACUAACUCACCUGUCCUUGCUUGUUCCAACCUAUACAGCUGUUUGAGUCAGUGAGCAGCACCUACACCUAUCUACUGGCUGAUACAGAGAGCAUGGAGGCGGUCCUCAUUGAUCCAGUACUGGAGACAGUGGACAGGGAUCUGAAACUCAUAGAGGAACUGGGUUUCAACCUGAAAGUGGCAGGUAACUUGGAUGUCUCUAAAACAUGGACACACACACAAGCAUGCGCUCGCUAGCACGAGCAUGUCCACCACACAUAGACAUGCACUGACUCACUCACUCACCCACCCACUCACACACACACACUAAUCCUACAUCCAUUUUGGUCUACUUGUUUAUUGUGUCCUUGUUUAUUGUAAGAUGACAUACGACGCACACUGUGCCCUGUUUUUUUCCCCCAUUAGUGAACACUCACUGCCAUGCAGACCACAUCACAGGCACGGGACUGCUGAAGAACAGGCAGUUUGGGAUGAAGAGUGCCAUCUCCAAGCACAGUGGGGCCAGUGCAGACAUCCUGCUAUCAGAGGGAGACAAGAUCAGCUUUGGCAAACAUGUGAGGAAUGCCCAUGUGGCUCGGUUGGUAGAGCAUGGCGCUUGCAACGCCAGGGUUGUGGGUUGGAUUCCCACGGGUGACCAGUACAAAAAUGUAUGCACUCACUACUGUCAUUCGCUCUGGAUAAGAGCGUCUGCUAAAUGACAAAUGUAAAAAUGUAAAUGUGAAGACAGACCUACCUACAGCCAAAUAGCUAUAGAGAAUAUAGUCUGGGCCGACCCCAAUUCGUGGUCACCCAACAUCCCUGGUCCGGGAGAGUCAUAGGUUUACAGGGUUUUGUUUCAACUGAGUACGAGUGCUGGGCUGAAACAAAAGCCUACACAUCAUGUACUGUUGCUCUCCAGGACCAGGUUGUUGACCACUGCUCUAAAUGCUGCUGCUGUAUUCACCUUCUUCAUCUCUCCUUUACACUCCAUUUCUCUCUUUACUUCCCCUCACUUGUUUUCUGUAAUCCCUCUUCCUGCCUCUCUCGUCCCUCAGUAUCUGACGGUGAGGGAGACUCCAGGACACACAGACGGCUGUGUGACGUUGGUGACCGGGGACCAGAGCAUGGCUUUCACUGGGGACACACUGCUAAUCAGGGGCUGUGGAAGGACAGACUUCCAGCAGGGUAACGUUAACCUUUUCCACACUACUAAGCUAAACCAAGCAGAGCCAAGCCCAAAUGUACUGUAAUGCACUGGCCUGGUUGGGCAUCCACCAGGCUGAAUCCAUGCUGGACAGGACAAUGUGAAAAUAAAGUAUCUAAGCCAACACAGUACUAUAGUGUGACAGGCAUAUUCUCUCAGAUUUUUGGCCUCUGUAGUGAUAUAUCUAGCCAUGGAGAUAUUAUCAGGUUAUAUCACACACUUUCAUCCCUAUACACUAAUGUUUCCCAAUUCUUUGGUCAGGACUGAUUUUAAACAAUGCAUGAAAAGUUUGUGGAUCAUUGCCUCACCUACACUUGUUGCAUUGUUUUUGUAGUUAUGCUUAGUGGACAAAAGGUGGCACUAUUGUAGCCUGAUCACAAACAGUCACUGUAUCGUAGCCUGGGUUAUGUUCAAUAGGCCAUGCAACAAAUGUUUUGGAACGUAAAAACGUAAAUGAGUGUUUCUUAUCGGACAAGUCCAGGUAGUCCCUCCUUGUUUCAGUCUGUUUGUUUGUGGUCCAAUGGAAACAACCCUGAUCUGUUUGUUUCUACACUAACCAGGCUGCUCUAGGAGGCUCUAUGAAUCAGUCCACCAGAAGAUCUUCACAUUACCUCCUCAGUGCCUCGUCUUUCCUGCACAUGACUACAAAGGUUGCCAAGACAUCCUCUUUAUGCAAUAAUGUGUUUGUAUUCCACUGUAUUGUGUAUAUCUUUGUAUAUCCCCUGACCCCUUUCCUUGCAAGCUUUCCUUUUUUAGAUGUAUGCUCUUGGGGAUAGCCUCACCAACUAUUUCGUACAAGCAUACCCAGAAGGCUUGUAUACUCUCACAAUGCUAUAACUAUCCUUUCUAUAGACUUUACGAAGUUAACUUGUCCAGUGUACUGUACCACCACUCUUCACCAUUUGUCUACUUUCAUUUUAAACUCGGGGUUCUCUUCUGAGUCAUUCCUAAGCCAGAUCAGACUGUGUGUUCUAAAGUUGAGUGUAGUCAUUGAAUCAUCAUUGUGUUGUAUUGCUAACAGGUCUGUUAACCUUGUGCUGCAGGUCAGACAGCCUCCACAGUGGGUGAGGAGAGGAGGUUUAACCCCCGCCUAACCAAGAGCUUGGAGGAGUUUGUGGACAUCAUGACCAACCUGAACCUCCCCAAUCCUGCUAAGAUAGGUAUCUCAGACAGUCCACCCUCUGCAGCGAUUCUAUUACAAUAGAAACUGUUGUUGUGUAUGAUAUAAUACUAUUCUAUUACAAUAGGGCCUAUUAUUAUCUAGAUGAUAUGUAACUAUUCUAUUACAAUAAAGUUAUUAUCAGUGGUCUUUCAUCUCACUUAAACCUUAUCACGGGAAUGAGCAUGACAAAGCUGUCCGUGAUGAGAUUGCAAUAUGUUACACAUACUGUACUCUUUCUAACUGUCCUUUGCGCAUCGAUUUGAUUACUUGUUAGCGUAAGCUGUUCUUAACUCACUGAUAGAAACAAGGUGUUGAUUUGUUAUUUCUCUCUCUGCCAGAUAUUGCCGUGCCUGCAAACCUGGUGUGUGGACUCCAUGAGGUUUGAAUGUCAAAUCAAUUUUAGGAUUUCACUUUAAGCACUAUUGGGAGGAAGAGGGAAAUUAUUUUCACCCAGCCACAACUUAAUGUUUUGAAUGCAAUAUUUUGUAUCUAAUAAGUAACCAAAACUAAAGCUUGUCAAAAAUUAAGAACAUACAUUUCUCCAUGUUUGCCUAUGUAAAAAGCAGUGGUCAUGAUUUGGUGGGUGUACAGAUACUGAAAUUGUAUAGUAAAAGAUGCAUUAAGAUACAUGAUCAUAAAACAUUGCCAUGUACAUUGUAACAUUUAUAAUACAAUCUCCUGGAAAAAUUUGAACAUUAAUAAGAUGACCUAGUUUUAUAUUAAAUCAAGAUUGUUCAAAUGUAAAUGUCUGAAUUAACUCUUUC